AUGCCCGACUCAAUCCGAAUCCCAUCUCGCCCAGAGACCCUAGACACCGUUCGCCUACGCAACAUCGAGCUCCCCCUCACUGCCCCCGAAGCCUGGCACCGCGAAGGCAAACCCCAACCAUGCACCGCAACCCUUAAGCUCUCAUACUCCUCCAUCGUCGGAGCCGCCGAUACAGACGACGUCUCCCUAACACUCGACUACGGCAAGCUCUUCCGCCGAUUGCAGGAUAAUGUCCACACCUUCGUCCACCCCGUCACAUCACCCGAACACCCAGCCAGACACCUGGUAAAUUUGCAAGGCGGUCGAUGCGAGGAGAUGAACAACGCAGCAUUCGGACAAGAUCCACGCGUCACUGCUGGAAUCGUUGCCAGUGCCGGCCUGGAUAUCCUAGAUGAAACAGCUGCCGCUGUCAUUUGUCGGGACAAUGCUUCCAUCUCAGCGGAGUACGCCGAGUGCGAGGUCGAGCUGCGAUUCCCUAAGGCUAUUCUGCGCGCUGAGCAUGGACUUUGGUAUCGUAGUGUCACGGCGUUUGGAUAUACGCCUGCGGACUUGCGGUGCCCGGUUGUUUUGCAGGAAGAAUAUCGUAUUGAUGGGAUUCGAUGCUAUGCGAUUUUGGGAGUCAACUCCCAUGAGAGACUUGAGAAGCAGGCUGUUAUUGUUGGACUUAGGUUCCAGGGCCCUGGUCAACAACCUUGGGGAUCUAAGGUUGUUGAGACGUAUCAGGCUGUGACGCGGGCUGUGGCUGAGAAAGUCGAUGAAACUACUUUCCAGAGCGUGGAGUCGCUGGCUACUUUCAUUGCUCAUAUCGUUACGGUCGACUUUGGGAAUGAGUCUGUCACUGUUAAGGUUGAGAAGCCUAGUGCUUUGGCCUUUGUUGAGCUCUCCGGCGUGGAAAUUACUCGCUCGAAGGCUUUCUUCGAUACUCAUCGUCUUCCGGAGCCGCGUGAGUAA